UGCUUCAAAACCUAAAACCACGAGUUGGGGGAAAAAAAAAAAGAAAAUCACAGACUACAAUUCCCGUGAGACCUCGGGGCAUCACGUGGCGUCUGCCCAGGCUACUAUCGCGUAGUCAGAACUCCAUUUCCCAGCGUGCCUCAAGACGCGGGGUCCGCAUUUCGCCGAGAACUUCAGGAGUCGGGUUUGUGAGCGACUACUGCGGUAGCCAAGGCUGAGUGGAAGCGGAUGCUGAGUGUGCAGCUGGUCGGGCGCCUGUUCUCGAUGGCCGGUCGUGUCUGUCUGUCCCGGAGCAGCGCCGGGUUGGGGACUGUCGGUCCCGUCGAGGCAGCCAUUCGCACGAAGUUAGAGCAGGCCCUGAAUCCCGAGGUGCUGGAGCUGCGCAACGAGAGCGGCGGCCAUGCGGUCCCACCGGGCAGCGAGACACAUUUCCGCGUGGCGGUGAGAAACUUCCAGGUCAGGCCCCACCCCAUCUUGCAGCCAAGACCUAAGCAGAAGACACGAGAGCGAGAACCUUCUCUAGCUAAGCUGUUCCUUCAGAAUAAGGCCCUGUUUGAAUGAGUUUUGCCCACUUCAAAAGUACGCUGAUAACAAUGCAGAUUUGCUUUAAUUCCAGCUCAAAGGUAAAGAAACUUGAUGUUUUUGCCAGAUAUUCUUAAAACUAUUACAGAAAAAUGUUCAGUGUCCAUUCAAUUUUUGGAAUUAUUGGUGGUAGAUAAUAGGCCCCCACACCACCUUCCUACAGGGCCCCAGAGAGCUCAGUUUGUGAACCCUGAACUAGGGAGUGAGGAACGUUCCUUCUCCCCUCUUCAAGGUCCACUCAACCCUUUGGUCCGACAGGCACCAGCCAAGGCAUCUUACCAGUAUU